AUGUUUAAAUACGCACAUGAUAUCAAUGUUUCUGAAUAUAUAUUUAAUCAAGAGUAUACAAGUUCCUUGCAAGAUGUUACUAAUUGUAUUGUGAAUUGGUCCACUUACGGCAAUAAAUUUGAACUCAACCCGAUAAAAUUCAAGGAGAUUGUGAUUAACUUUCAACGUAAUGAACCUGUUUUCCCGCCGAUAAAGAUAAACAGAAUUAACGUAGAGCGUGUUGAAAAAGCAAUGAUUCUCGGUUUAUUGGUCACUCAAGAC